AUGGAAUACGUACAUGGAAGAUCGUAUUACGGUCGCAAGGGAAGAGCACACACUGGGACCAGACCUGAUGCCAGCCAUACCCCCGGACUAGUACGUGAGGUCCGGCCGGCAAAACUGAAUCGCUACAGGUGCGAGUACCAGCGGCGCUGUGCGCGGUUUAGGGACUCACUCGGUCUUCAGGAUGACAUGUUCUUCCCUGAGAGGGACAUGUGCUACUGUCCGUCCUGUCACGCAGACCGGGGAGACAUCGAGAUCUACCAGCGCGGCAACCCGCCCAAACCGUACGUCCUGCCGCUGGGCUGGAGCCGAUUCGCCUUGCAAGUGCCCCUGCCGCAGGUGAAACUACCCCGGGGCGGGACGGUCGCGGCGUUCGACAGUUGGCAGAUGUGUUUCCACGGCACGCUGAGGGACAACGUCAAACCUAUCCUGGACACCGGGGGCCUGCGCCGCCCGGGAGAUGACAUUUCCGGAGGAACCCUCAGCCAGAGGAACGGCCACUAUAACGAGGAGUGGAAACCAGAAGGGUUCGACACGCUGCAAGUCUUCGUAUCGCCCAGCAUCCGCUACUCUUCCAAGGACGCCUACUCCUCCCCAUACACCUGGCGAGACAGCACCACCGGGCAGACGUACCGGGUACGCUCGGCGUUCCAGGCCCGCAUCCGCCCGGGAAGCUACAGCGUCGGCCCGACCACCCUGCACCACGUCCGCCGGAACGACAGGAUCGACCCCAUCUACAAGAACGACGAGAUCGAGUGGUCCACCAAACACGUGGACGCCAUCAUGUUGUAUGGUCUACUCAUCAAGAUGGAACCUUGCACUUAAAUGCAUCCAAUGUUUUUAGGGCUUGAAAAACCGUUGUUUGGAAUAGCGGGGGGUAGCUCAAACUUCUUGCAGAUGUGGGGUGGGGUCGAUAAGUGUCCCCGUGCUUAAGGUAUACGUAUGCUUAAGGUUUUUGGAAGAUGUUCGCAGCCAAAACGCGUUGUUCUGUACGUAGCAUUUCUGUGUAAUUGGGCAUGUGGUGUACCAUUAUGUCCGCGAUGAUGCACGUCUUUUUAUUUUCAACGUAGCAGUUUUGAUAUUGAAGUAAAUGCAUAUUUUAGAAGCAUCCCUACUUUUAUAAUCCUGUGGAGUAGGCCGUAGGUUUAGGUAGUUGUCUGGUAGCCGAGGUUCUCUAAGCAGAUAUUAGGUGGCUGUUGUGCAUGAUGGUUGCGAGUAUCUUUUGGGAUUGCGGUUUGCACCUACUGCGAUACCUUGUCAAAUGAAUAAUAUGUAGUAAAUGAAAGAUAUUGUUAUGAAA